GUUAUCAUUGGUGUUGUUUGCGAAAACCUUCUUACCAUCUGCUUGAUAUACAAACGGCGUCUUCAAGAACACCAAGGCAAGUGCGCUGUAGCGAUAAGUCUUUUUUUGCCUGGGGAUACAAUGAAAAGAACAACUACUCUAGUGUUCAUUAUAAUAUUGGUCUCAGGUGAUGGCAGAAAUGUUACCAAACGAGCCAUUGGCUGUAAGGAAUUGUGCAAUCCAACCAACGCCAGCAUCAACCUAACUGAAACUUUUCAACAAUGCCGUAAUGAGGCUAAAGAAUACGUUUUGCCUAUGCAGUUUUACAACUUUUCCUGCAGGAAGCAGAUAAUUGAUUCUUACGCAAGUAACGGAUCUCAGAUAAAUGUAACUACUAUAAAAUCUGAAUGUUGCAAAAACGUUACAGAUAACGACUUUACAGCACGAAGAAAUACCAGUUCAAAAUGCCGCUUCAUAAACGUAACAUGGGGAAGAGUGAAGUUUGAAAAGAAGUACGAUCUGGUUGAAGGGGCAUGGAAAAAAGAAACUUGGUCAUUUUUCCUGAAAAUGGUUUCACAAAAGUGCUUAGAAAAUUCUACUGUCCGAAGGGGUUCCGUUAACAUUUCGUAUACAUAUCCCUACUACACUAACGAUGAAAGCAAGACUGUGUUUAGUUAUAAGUCUCCGAUGGCAUAUUUGGUAGAGGAAAAGCAAUCUUUCAGCAUGUUUACAGUGGUCUAUGACUCCUUUAGCCGAAUGUGGAUAACACUGUUCUUGUGUGUCACGUGGACGUUGAUAUCAGGAGUUAUUAUAUGGCUACUUGUAAGUAAAUAUCUUGGUUUCUUAUCUUUCAUGUUGUUGUUGUAAUUAUGUGGCGCGCAGUAAGCAGAGUAAGUGUCAUGUAGAACUAACUACUCUCUAAGACUGCUUACUGAAUGAGCUGAAAUGAAGCACAUACUAGUUAAAAUAAAUAGUACUUUCAACUAAGUGGUACCCGCCACAGAAAACAAGAAAUAAAUAGAGACUAGGACAAGUAUGUUGCUGGUAUACACCAGACGUCACAACGGCGAUGUAGGUGAUCAAGAACGAAAGGUUUCUCUCCUCUGGGAACUACACCAUUUUCAUGUAAAUACUUCCAAAAAUUGUUUAUUGUAUUGAACACCUUGUCACAUGGCUGCAAACCAAGAAUAAAAAAGCGCAAUGAAUAUUUGGGAAGGUGAAGUUAAAAUUUAGGAUAGAAAGAAAUUAACAGCUAGUGACACGUAAACGCUGGAAAAUUGUGUUUUAUAAUAAAAGGGCUUACCUAUCCAUUAAUCUAAAAUUUGCGUUAAGAGUUGCCCUUUUGACAGGAAGAUGUUCAGUGGAAGUGUUCAGGCCAUUGGGGGGCAAUAAAUGGAUGGAUGGAUGAUACACUAAAUGGUUUUUUAUCGCUAUUUUUUUGUACCCAUGGGCAAAAUGCAAUUGCUUUGGCUAAGAGUUUUUGAUGCCAUUUAUUAGAAAGAGUCUGCAAGCAGCACAUUUUUUAUCACAAUUUUUCGUACUAAUUUCUUUUUUAAGAAUUUUUUUUAAGAAUUGUUUUUAAUUGAGGCCAAAACCGCAAUUACAUCAGAGGUACUCAUAUCUUUUUUCAUCAUCCGCAAGCUAUUGGUUUCCGGUUAGUAAUGAGAGAAAUUUUCCGUCAGUGUAGACUUCUAUUUUAUUGCUUUUUCUCUAGCUUACCUUAGCUAAAGGGAAAAUAUUUGAAAGAAAACACAGUUGUCGUUGCUACUGUUCUCUCUAUCUUAUUUUUAAUCAGGAUCAUAAAAUUAACCAGCGCCAAUUUCCCUUGUCUUUUUGGGGAGGAGUUCGUGAAGGAGCCUGGUGGGCAUUGGUUACAAUGACGACUGUUGGGUAAGUAGAAGGAGUACUGUCACGUAAUGUGAGUAGGAAAACCCUUACUCCUUUUCAACAUGAAAUUGCUUCAGCUGCGUUAAUAAGUAGGAUCAUGCAACCAUCCCUUUUGUGGUCAUGGUCUUAGGAUCAUGAUUAAGAUGUGUAAUUUUAAAAAGUCUCCAGCCUUGUUGAAGGAAGAAACCAUCGUUAAAAUAAUUAUUAAGGGAAGGCAUCUAACUUCAUACAAUGCCGUAAAUGCUACGCUGGCGCUAUGAUUGGUCGUUGCUCAUGAUUUAUUAGAGUACAGAUACGUGGAUGACGUCACGGGAAACUAAAAUGUGAUAAAACUAAAAAUGCUUGAAUAUUUUUAAAAGGAUAAACCAGUGAGCAGAACUUCUGCGAACGUCUUGAUUUGGAGAAAGCCGAAGAAUUAAUAGCGGAAGACCCAACUAUAACACUCAGAUUCUUAGCCUUGGAGCUUGGUGUAAGCUGCGGAAGUCGGCACAUGCUAUCGUCCACGAGCAGCUUGGUUGGUCCAAGAGGUGCGCAAGAUGGAUCCACCGCCAGUUAACAACAGAACAGAAGGAACAAAGGGCGACAAUCUUGCUUGCAACUAUUUGAACCAGAAGGCCCUAAGAGGUUUUCUGAUGUUGUUACGGGUGACGAAUGUUGGAUUUCCUUCUUCACUAUGAAAGAUAAACAUUCUAACAUGGUGUGGGUGGCCGAAGAUGAACCACGCCCGGAGGUCCUAAAAACAGGUUUCCGUUCAAGAAAGAGAAUGUUCACCAAUUUGUUCAAUACUCAGGGGCCUGUUGUUGUCGACAUGAUGCCCGACAAAGCUACAACCUCUGCCGCAUAUUACACAACUACUUCAAUUUUACCAGAAGUUCUUCUACAUAUUCAGUCCACGGCACAGACUCGACGUCGGUCUCGAAUCCAGUUGCAUCACGACAACACAGUUCCCCACAAAGCUCGCAUUACACAGACGUACCUUGAUGACAAUGGUGUCCAUUUGAUGAAACAUCGACCAUACUCACCCGACUUGGCUUCGUGCGAUUUCUGGCCCUUUCCAAAAGACAAAUCGGCCCUUGCUGGGAAGUAUUUUUCAAAGAUCCAAGACCUUGCUCUAACUGUGCAUGCAGAGAUGAGGGCCAUACCUGCUUCAGAGUACCAAGAAUGCUUUCAGAAGUGAAGGAUGAGGAUGCAGCGAUUGAUAGAAGUCGAGGGAAGCUACUUUGAGGGAAUGUGACUGUAAUUCUUGAAAUUGCAGGUGAACCAUGGGGGAUAUAAGUUAAGUGACAGAACUUCUUGAUCCGCCCUCGUAAAAGCAUUUACACCAACGAAUUACAUUACGCUUUAACCCAAACUAAAGGAUAACCAUUUCAGCGGGAUACUUAACAUUCUGCGACAUUGAAGACAUGAUCUCAGUGGAUUCCUAAAAGCAAUUACCCUUAGUGAGGAUAACACAAACAGGAACUAGGUAAUGAGAAGACUUUGUGUUGAGUCAUGCAUUACAAGGGUGUGAGACCACGCGACUUGUGUAAUAUUGAAGGUCUAAGUAUCACUGGAGCGCUAUUUCCGCAUAUCGAAAUUCACCAGGUGAUCUGGAGGUCUCCAAAAGGGAGGAAAAUAAAAAAGGCCAUAUUCUAGUAAAGGGCUGCAUGACAAUAUCUAUAAUGGACACGAGAAUAAUGAGGGUAUGAGGGGGUUAAAACUGGAUAAAAUUUAAAAUUGGCAGGAAUGGAGAGAAGACGCCAGAGAAAGGGGAGAGGUUUGAAGUACGUAAGCUGCAGAUUGGAAAGAUCACUAGGAGUUCAAAGUUGACUGUGAAGAACGGAUUCCAAUUGUAAGGGUAUAUAUGUGACCGAAGGUACAUUCUCGAAGCAUACAGAGGAUAUGCAAAAAGGAUUUUUGGGAAGACGAGGAGACAGAGCAAACGACCAUGGAUCGUUGAUGAAACGUCAGAAAUAGUCAAGAAAAGGAAAGAGAAAAAGAAAGGACCGAGGUUGCAUUAUGGUAUUCCAAAUUCAAGUAUUUACGUGAGAAUACUAACAAAGAAACUGAGAGAUGAAGCAGCCAUUGCACAGACUACAGAGGGCACUACUGUAGGUGCUUUUCAAGGGCGGGUGAGAAUGACAGCACGGUAGCUCUAAGGUGGAGUUGUUAGGGUUGAAGAGCAAGAAGAAGUGCGAAAGGAAGACCGUUGACGACUUUGAAGAGGACUGUUCUGUGGAGAGCGGCAGGAAUAAAGCAGGUCGGAUAAGCCAGAGUAUGGCCAAGAGUAUAGAGAAGAUUAUCGACACAAAAAGGACGACUUGUACAGAAAGCAGGGCGGCCUUAUUAACUGAAUGAAACGAAAAGGCAUGACCGGAUGACGACGAUUAUGACUUGAACAUGGAUUCCUGUCAAAAACUGCACAUUCCCUCAAUCUGUGUUGCAGGUAAUUGUUGUAAAAAACUAAUGGCAAACGUUCAGGUGACAUUAUCCCAUAAUAUGCGUCAAAGAAUAAUAUAAAAGAAAAUAAAAUGCAUUUCGUCGAACAACUUCAAUUUUUACACUUUUCUUGCCUGUAUAGCAAACAAUGCUUACGAGCUCAAGACCGGUACCUGGGUAUGGUUAUUGUAAUUAUUCGUUGACUUGCUACGUACACAGGCAGUAUCGAAUUUCUUUCCCUUUGUCUCCAGAUAUGGAGAUAAGACUCCCAAGUCUAUACCGGCUCGUAUUUACUCCGCCUUCUGGAUGAUUUUUGGCAUGAUAAUUCUAUCAAUGUUUACUGCUGAAGUUACAUCUGGAAUGACGUCUAAAGAAUUGGUGCCUCUUAAUGCAUUUCUGGGGAAAAAGGUAAGAUUACCUCCUAACAUAAAUGUGGACACGAGGAAUGAUAAGGUGGAACGGUAGAUCCAAAACGCUUAAACAGCUUCUUAUGCCGUGGGAUGACCGUAGCAGGUGCGGUCUUCCUUUCGCACCGUGGCAGGAUUAGCUCAGUCGGUAGAGCGUUUGACUGCAGAGCGGGAGGUCGCAGGUUCGAUUCCCGAGGCCGGACCAUUACUCAGGGUCUUAAAAUGACUGAGAAAUGAAGGUACUUCCUUUGCACUGCAAGCGGCUAGACCUUCGCGUGGCUCGGAUGACCACGUAAAAAUGGCGGUCCCGUCUCCAUUAGGAGACGUAAAAAUAGUGUUCCCAAUUAGCACUUUCGUGCUAAAUACAUUGACACUCAAAAAGUGCAAGUGCAAGUGCAUGCCUGUUGAAGCUUUCCAUAUCAUUAGUUGAACGGAUCGAAGAUGACAAAACAGUUUUAACAAACAUAAAAAACAGAGAAUAUCGAUAACAAAAUUACCUUUCAAUAAACCCCAUCUUACCCUCUCACCAUACAAACGGCUGCAAAAUUUUGAGACUUUUGGGGAGCUUUAUCCUUGCAAAACGAUCAGAAACAAAACUUGUAAAAAGCCCUCAAGGUUUUUUUGGUCUUUUCUUUGAAGAGCCACUGCUUCCAUGUAGAGCCUAGCCCUCAGUGCUAGAAAGUUUCCUCUUUUGGUCACAAAUAUGUUAGAGACACUUUUGAAGGGCUUAUACUGAGUAUUAGAAACGCCGGUCAUCCCACAAUUCCUGUCUUAAGAUUGAAGCCCAAUUCAAUUUUAGGCAGAAAUCUAUUUACCCAGAAAAUUUAAUUGCUGCGUUUAUGCUAUCAUGAGGAACGUUAAAGUUUUCUCAGAAACUUAAUCUAUUGCUCAACAAAUAUAUCCUAAAUGUAAAAUCAUAACUAUACCUCAAUACUAGGUUGCAGUUCCCUUUUCUGGCAAGCGUCACUUUGGAGAAGAACUUAGAGGAGCAAAGAUAAUAGGUACUGCAAUCUAGAGAUGAUUAAUUUUGUGAUGACCUGGUGGUAGUAAUAUUCCAUUACCUAAAUUCAGUUUGCCAAUACACCUUAAAUUCCUUCUUCCCUCAAUGUAUCCAUGCAGACCUUACGGAAACUUAGUAUGUCGUAUCAUGGCCCGGAAACGAUUGUUUUGAUUUAUGUAAAAGUUCCAAAAGAACCCCUGCAUGACGUGUACCAAGAAAUCAUGACAGACCCUGUAAAAGUCCGUAAAACACGACUAGAGAUACUCUUUUCUGCUACCCGCUUUAUCGGUAAACUGAGUCACGCCGCCUUUUCUUGGAACCUAGCUUGACCUAAUGUGAGUCCCUAGUCAUUAUCUGAUGUUGCCUAAUGUUACAGUUAACAACAUCUGCACUAAUGUGUAACUCGUUUCAGAGAUAAAGUCCAACGGAAGUUUGACCAAGCACCUGCUAGAAGGAACUCGUCGAAUAGAGAGAAUAGUUUUUCACGCCUGUGAAGAACUUGAUGCCAACACAUUCGAAAAGCUCCAGUUUGUACGGGCAUUGAAGAAGCACUACGUUGGAAUUCGAAUAUUUACUAAGCCAAGAAAGGGUGGUUCUUCCUUGGUGGAAUGUGUCAAGGAAAUGGUGAAAGAACAUCACAGCGGAAAUGAAUCCAAUGAUGAAGAAGCUCCAGACUGCAAGGACAACUCCAAAAUUGAGAUAACCGAAUAUGGUUCAAGAAAAGGCUUUGACUAUCGAGACACAAUCAGCAUUAUCAUGUACGUUUCUUUUGGUAUUGUUGUGUUGAUAUUUGUGGCAGGCAGUGCAUGGGAUUUCAUGAAGACCAGGAAUCUUCCUAGAAGAGACGAAGGU